GGCAUCAGCUAUCAACGGUCAAGUGUCAGCUCUUUCUCAUAACUUACUCACAUUCCCGCACUUACAAACGCGUUAGUAUUAGGUUACUUGUGACCGUUGGCAGCUGACAUGGAACACAUGAAUGAUGGGUGGUUUAUCCAAAAAUCCCCGCUAUGGCCCGGGCAAGCGAUGAGUCACCAAAUGGAAGAGGUCCUUUUCAACAAGAAAUCCCAAUUUCAAGGUGUUAUGGUUUUCAAGAGUAAAACCUAUGGGAAUGUGUUAGUGCUGGAUGGAGUGAUCCAGUGCACAGAGAGAGAUGAGUUUGCCUAUCAAGAGAUGAUUGCCAACCUUCCUCUGUGCAGCCACCCUUGCCCCAAGAAGGUGCUGAUUAUUGGCGGUGGCGAUGGCGGUGUGCUGAGGGAAGUGGUGAAGAAUCCGCUGGUGGAAUCGGUGGUUCUGUGUGAGAUAGAUGAGGAUGUCAUUAAUGCAUCGAAGAAGUUCCUCCCAGGGAUGGCCAAAGGGUUUUUCAGUCCCAAGCUCACCCUCCAUGUUGGAGACGGCUUUGAAUUCAUGAAGCAGAACCAGGAUGCCUUCGACAUCAUUAUAACCGAUUCCUCAGACCCUGUCGGACCUGCUGAGAGUUUGUUCAAGGAGUCUUACUAUCAACUGAUGAAGGCAGCAUUGAGAAACAGGGGAAUUCUUUGUUCCCAGGGAGAGUGUCAAUGGCUCCAUUUGGAGCUGAUAAAGGAGAUGCGAACCUUCUGCAAGACCCUAUUCCCUGUGGUGGACUAUGCCUACACCACUAUCCCAACGUAUCCCAGUGGCCAAAUUGGAUUCAUGCUCUGCAGUAAAAAUCCUGAAACAAAUUUCAAAGAACCAGUGAAAGCCCUGUCAAAAGAAGAAACGGAAAAUAUGAACCUUAAAUAUUACAACCCAGAAAUUCACAAAGCAUCAUUUGUACUCCUGGAGUUCGCAAGAAAGGCACUCAGUGAAGCAUGACCAGCAACGACAGACCACCAUGUUCAUCCUCUACCUGGCUCUCAGAACACAGAUAAACAACCCUGUUCUACGACUUCUUCACCUCCUCAAUACAGUCCAGCACCACUGAAGAGAGUAGCCUCCUGAAGAUUUUAUGGGUGGGGGCAACUAAUAAUCAGUGGGUGGGAACAUGCUGAGUUAUACAGAGAGAGUGUUAGUUUGUGCCGAUGUUUCUUUCCUUCCAGUCUUACACGUUCUCAGUGUUUUAUUUAUUUUUCUGAUGUAUUUGGUUUUUCAUUUUUAAUCUGUAAAUGUCUCAUCAGCAUUUUGUGAAGAGCAGUUUAAUGGGCUGGGCUGAGUGGGAAGAGCAUUGCCAUCAAACCUGACCUCACUCUGAAACUGUACUGUUUAUUGGAUUCACUGCAUCUGCACAUUAUGCAAUAUAUUACAUACCAUAUAGAGUAUGUAUAUGUAAUGUAUUGCUGUACUUUUAUUCGUAAUGUUUAAUAUCAGUUUGCCAGUUGCCAUCUGUCAUGACUCUAUAUUCACAAUACUAAUGUUAACUGAUGCUCAGCUUUGACCACCAAUUUGAAAUGGAAAAUGGUGUUAAAAAAUUAAAUUUAAUAAUUAAAUUAAGUAUGGCAUUGGAAUAGCUUUACAAUGCAAGAAAUGGCUUUAAAAUGUGAAUUCAUUAUGCAAUUGUAACUUGCAGUAUUGGGUAGUAAGCUUGUACUGUAGUAAGCCUAUAUGCUGAGUCAUUACCUCGUCAAACAGUUACUACUCAUUAGUUGUAAUUCCACAUUGAAUCUUUGUUGAGGAAUAGUGUCAUACCUGAGCGAUGAAUUUGUGUUUUUGCAAGAACUGUAAUAAACUGGUGACAUGAAAUGGUUA